AUGCCCCAUAGCGUUUCGACAGGCCGUGACCCAACAUGGACUUACAUGGUUCCCAACGCACCCCGUCCGUCUACCCCGGCAUCCCCACGACGUGACUCGGCGGAAAUAUUGGUCCGUACGCGAAAGCUGUAUGAAGACCUGUCUGCGAUCAAACAUUCUCUUGAAGCGCGCCUCCUUUUCCACAACCUCGGCGAAAAAGACGGUCUUUACUGUCUGAACUGCACGCACAAGUUUACCAAAGGAGCUUGCGGCCCCUCAUGUCCGUUGCUCCGGCCUAAAUCCCGGCCGUGGAAUCUAAGCAGUGACAGCGGGAAUGCGAAACGAGCGAAACUGUUGCGACAAGAUGUCGGUACGUAUCGUAGUAUUAUUAGUGACAUAAAGGCCCGCGGUACGGCUGUACAUGUCUCAACCGUGUGGCACUGGGAGCGGGCCGUUUCGGCGCUAACAGGAAGGUGUGAGGUGCCGACGGAGCACUACGCGAGACAUGGAUGGCCACAAGUGCGGCGCAAGAAGGAUUCGAGUACCGAUGAGGUAUUCAAGGAGGGGUGGUCGUUUGAGGAGGCACAGGCCCAGGGACCAGGAAUCGAGUUACAGAUUAUGCCCGAGGUGAGAAGUACCGGAAUGAAAAGGAAGGCCGAGUUUCGAGAGACUGGUGUAUUGCGGAAGAAGAUGAAGCUGAUAUGA